AUCUUGCCACUGCACUCUAGCCUGGGUGACAGAGCAAGACUCUGUCUCAAAACAAAACAAAACAAAACCCACUUCUGAGAUCCUGAUCCACUCUCCUGGCCCCAUCUCUGAGCCUCAGGCCUUGGGGAUCGACUCCCGUGUGGACCACUGUGGAUUUGGCCUCACCCCUUCGAUGGAAGGUUUCCCUUCCAGCUAGGAGCAGCCAUGGGAUGUGUCUCUGUGAAAGGUUUCCUCUCCUACUGAUCCCGUUUCCGGGACUACUUCUAGCCCACCUUCUCAGUGGAAUACAACUGGACUGCCCACCCCCGUCAGGCCCUCCAGAAGGCCAGUGUCUCCCCCUAACCCCUAAGUAUACGGCUGGCAGCGGGCCUGGCCCUGACCCCUCCUAGUGCAAAGCUCAGGCCUGGCCCCGCCCCCAGGUGGAACCCGGCCGCUUGACCCCGCCCUCAGGUUAUGACUGCAGCCCCCCUCAGAGCAAAGCGUCCAGCCAUGUAACAACCGACAGGGAAGCAUGGAGUGAGGGGUUCUUCCCACGACCUUUAAGUGGUGAUGUUUCCUUUCUCUCUACAGCCCAGGCCUGCAUCCCUCCCUGCGGUAAGAAGUUCAUCUAAAUGUUGGAAUUGUCGGUAAAGGAGGUGGUCGGGGCCGAAACCUAGGACAUCAGGUGGGGGAAAUCGGGUGGACUUCAAAUCCUUAGGAGACCAACAAGAGCCCCGGAGAAAAGGAAGUAAACCAGGUAUUGCUCUAAAUCCUCAUAGGAGGGUGUGAGAGCCAAAGCAAACCAAUAGGAAUCCUAGAUGGCAGACGGGAGUGAGAGGCAGCUAAGGACUGCAGGUUCGGCGGGUUUAAGAUGCUACCUGGCCAGUGGACCCCCGGGAGCUGUAUGGAUCUCAAAAGGGCCAAAGGGCCCUGGGCAGGUGGCACCCAGACCCAGCGUUCCCAUUCCACAGGUCUCCAGGAGUUUGCCCGGCGUUUCCUCUGCAAAGGGUGCUACUCCAGGGUCUGUGACCUCCCGCUGGACUGCCCAGGAUGUGACAGUGACUCGGGGCGAUCAGGCUAUGUUUUCUUGCAUCGUGAACUUCAAGCUGCCAAAGGAGGAGAUCACCUAUUCCUGGAAGUUUGCAAGAGGAGGUUACCCUUUGGCAAGCCGAAGUUGAGAAGCUUAAGCCCGCGGGUCCCGCAGCUCCGGACUCAGGACCUGUCCUAUUUCCGAGAUGUGCCGCGGGCCGAAGGAUACCUGGCGCGGAUCCGGCCGGCGCAGCUCACGCACCGCGGGACGUUCUCGUGCGAGAUCAAGCAAGACCAGCGCCCCCUGGCUCGGCUCUACUUCUUUCUUAACGUGACGGGUCCGCCCCCGCGCGCGGAGACAGAGCUGCAGGCCUCGUUCCGGGAAGUGCUGCGCUGGGCCCCGCGGGAUGCCGAGCUGAUCGAGCCCUGGAGGCCCAGCCUGGGCGAGCUGCUGGCCACGCCCGAGGCUCUGACGCCGAGCAACCUGUUCCUGCUUGCAGCCCUCGGGGCCCUGGCAUCAGUGUGUGCCACCUUGUUGGUGUGGAUGUUCUUUGAAUGGUACUGCAGUGGCAGCUAACAAAGGUGUCUCUUUCCUCCUUCCCUAUCCUAUUUCCAUCCUGAAAAUAAAGAAUAUGUUUCAACUCUG